AUGAUCCACGACCUCACCGACGACGAGCGCUACAUACUGAUGAGAGCGGAUCGAGAUCGAUACGCGACGAAAAUGCAGUUGUUUUUCGUUAACCAUCGCGAGCAGUACUGUUUAGAAAGUACUGUUGAUUCACUAUCUGGUUCGCUCACCAAAGAACAAGAAGAUCAGGCCGUAGAGUACAUGGAAAACGCACAUACCGCAAUUGAUCGCGCUGAGCGGCUAGCUAUUGAACUUGAAGCCAAACGCAUAAGUAUACGGGAAUGCGCUCCGGGAGAAGCUCGUGAACUAAUAAAGCGAUACCCAGUCACAGACGACAAUUAUAUGUUGGCAAUUGAUCUCAUAAAAAAGAAGUAUGGCAACAAGGCGGAACUCGUGAGGGUACUGCAGAAACGCCUGGACAACGCGAAAGCAGACAAACCCUCGACCCAAGGGCAAAGGAAGCUACUGGAAUAUAUCAUUCCCCUGGUUAUGCAGCUACACAAAUUAGAAGUGAAUCUGGACGGCUCGUACAACACCCAAAAAGUGUUGUCCAAGUUUACACCUAGAAUCCAACGCAAGGUCCUUGAGGACCUAACGACCCAAGAUAUGUCAGGAAAAUGCAUGGAAAAUGCAACGCAUCGUUGA